CCGAUCCCGUUUCACGAAUCGGGUUUCGGCGCCUCCGCAGUCUCAUCGCCGACGUGGUGCGAGGCGUCCCGACGCCAGCGUCUCUUCCAUCCAUCAUGUUUUUUUCCGGAACCUUGAUUUUUUUCCUUUGCCCCACGCCACUGGCGUCCGUAUCGAUCUGCGAGGGAUGCUGAGUGAUCUCUCGUACAACCUGUGUGGUGACCUUGGACGUCCCGCCUGCCUGUCGACCUAUAACUUUUUCGAUUUGACCUAGUAUUUGACGAAUAUGGACGAAAAUUAACGAAAAACAACCAACAACCAAGAUGGCCGUGGACAUUCUCGACGAAGAUCACUUUGCCAUAAGCGCGAUUGUAACCGUGACGAUGCAGAUCAUAUUUUUCUUAAUAGCCGCGAUCUUUCAAAUGGACAAGGUGUCCGACUUUGGGGGGGGAAUCAACUUCAUGAUCCUGGCACUGCUCACUUUCUUUCUCGGCCAAGGCGGCAAAAAGAAGGCCUACGAUAGCAGGCAACUGAUGGUAACCACCUUCGUUUGCUUGUGGGGGAUCCGGCUGUCCGGUUAUCUCUUGUACAGGAUCAUUAAAAUCGGAAGGGAUAAACAGUUCGAAGAUAAAAAGAGCAACACCAUCAGAUUCGCGAUAUUUUGGACAUUUCAGGCCGUUUGGGUCUACAUAGUAAGUUUGCCGGUCAUCAUAAUCAACUCCCCUCGCCACUCUAUACCGAGUGCUCCGAAAACCAUGACCACUUUGGAUUCGACCGGGACGUGUUUGUUUAUCGUGGGAUUUCUCGCGGAAACAUAUGCCGACCUGCAAAAGUUUUCGUUCAGGCAAGACCCGGUCAACCAAGGCAAAUGGUGCAAUGAUGGUCUAUGGAGAUUGUCGCGGCAUCCCAACUAUUUCGGUGAAAUAGUACUGUGGUGGGGGAUAUUCGUGAUCUCCCUUAACGUUCUGGAAGGGAUCGAGUGGGUAGCCAUUAUGUCGCCCUUAUUCACCAGUCUCAUCAUACUGUUCCUUUCUGGUAUUCCCCUGCUGGAAAAAUCAUCGGACGAAAAAUACAGAGAUAUAUCGGAAUACAGAUACUACAAGGCUUCCACUUCCCCGCUGAUCCCGCUGCCUCCGUCGAUAUACGUCGAGGUUCCCCAUUUCCUAAAGUUUUUGCUGUGCUGCGAGUACCCGAUGUACGACUCGCUAGAAGAGAAAAUGAAGGCGCCCCACAUCAUUAAGGAAUCGACCAGCGCGUCGCUAGCAGCCUCGCAGUCAUAGCUAUAGCUGCAUGCUGGUACCAACCAGUCGAUCGGCAACAUAUCGUACCAACAACUCAACAGUCCAUAUCAAUCGACCCAAUGCAAGCAAAACCCUGGCGACACGUAUCGACAGUUGAAAACCAGUGUCGGCUCGAUGGAAAGCUCCAUCCAGAUCACCGAGCUUUGAUAGACGGUGGUACUACCAUAGCGGGCACUAAUAGAAAAAGGAGUAAAUUUUUCAAAGAAACAAAUCUUCUGGGUUCUUCACCAAUCACGCCGCAUAUGCAUGGAAUGUUGGAAAGUCCCGGUAUCUCAAACGGAAAUUGUAGAGUAGAGAUCGAUAACCGAAUACAACGUUCAGUUUGAGAUACCGGGAGCUUACAUUCCACUCCCAUAAUGAUAAUUUUUACCUUCAAAACUUUCUGCCAUAUCUAUCACCUCCUCCCAAAGUGAGUCAUUAACUUCGCCCUUAUCACCUUCGUUGGGUCCAUAUGGUAUUAAAAGAGAAGUCUUUAAGAUUCUUUCAGAUAUAGCUUGCCAUUUGGUAUCUCGUCAUAUUGUGUUUAAUUAAACAUCCAUAAGUUUCCCUUAGCUCUCUGUUUGUUAUUUACUCCGCUUAGUAUCAUAAUUUGACCGUUUUCUACUUCUUUGAUGAUUGCUUCCUUUUUCUUAGUUUCCGUCAUUUCUGUUAAAAUUCUCUGACUAGUUUCUUUUUUUUUUCAGAAAGCAACAUUUCAUGUUGCCAUUUUCAGUGCAGUUUUCUUCUACUAUUCUUUUCCGUUUUUCUUUACCUUCAUUGCCUUUUCCUGUGUUUGAUUCGAAAUUCUUCAACUCUUUUUAUUAAUAAUAAUAUAUACCUAAUAUUCUCUAAUAUUUUCUUUUUUUCUGCUGCUAGUUUGUCGACAAAGUUUUGUCAGAGUCAACUAAUGUUAUAGCAAUAAUUUUAGACAAAAACAAGAGUGGAUAUUGGAGUAGUUAAAAUAAAUCCCAAAGUAUCAAAAAUUAAUUAAAUUUGUAGGUUUUUGUAAGAUCCAAAACGGUCAAAAUUUGGUUGAUCUUGAACACCCUGUUGGAUCUAAUUCAAAUUCUGUUGUAUAUGCAAAAUUAAAAUAUUGGAAAAACUAUUAGGUUUAGGAAUGUAUGAUGAUUCACAAAAAAAAAUGAAGAAUUUUGAAAGGAAUUCAAAGGAAAAUUUGAAAAAUUACAACUAGUUAAGCAGUUAAGCCCUGAAGAAUCCAACAGUUGUUCAAACCUCGUUAAGUUUGACUUAUCAACAAGCUAUCCGAGAGCAAUCGAGAAGAUUUGUAAAUAGAAAAAUGAGCUGUAGACUCUGUAGUAAAUAUACGGGACUCGCUAAUUUUCUGACGUUAGGUGGCAGAAAAUUUGAACGACAUAUGAGGAAAGAAUACAUAUUUAACUAUUCAAUAGCCUCAGUUUAGAGUUCUCACUUUGACGUAAACUAAACACUUACUCGCAAGCAGUAUAAAGCAAAUAAUAAUAAAUGAAUCGGAUAUUUUGUUUAAAAAUGGGGUAGUUCUUUCAAGUUUCCCAUUUGAUCUUUCAUUUGAUCUGCUACUCUCUUUAGUUUUUUCUAUGUGUGACACACAAGAAUUGUAAACCUAAUAGUCCUAAACGUCUAAAACUCGCUCUUCCAUAUUUACUUUAGAACCUAAAAUACCUGUAAAAUAGUCCUGGAUCUAGAUCUUUCCCUUUGGGAAAGCGAUGAAAACUACGUUUUCGGGAAUUUGCUUUUUCCAGGCAUACCUAACUAUUUUUUGAUGUAACUUAUACCACUGGAAAAGGUAAGAGAAAUGUAUUUCUUACCUUUACCUGUAUUAUUAUGUGUAAAAACACCGCUAAUAAGCACCACGGACACAAAACUUUGAAGUCUUUGUUUAAGGUUAAAAAUACUGUUUUUCUCAGUUCUCGCCACUCAAGCAUAUGCAAUUUUAAAGUAUUUGUUAAAGCUUAAAAACACUGUUUUGUCUAAGUUUUUUUUACAGAAAUACAAUUAACACAAACAUAAACGCACUACUCACUAGUUUAAAUUGUUUUAAUUGUUCAAAGAACACAAAGUACAACGGUUUAAUACGCCUUCAAAUGCAUGGACAGAAUACACAAAAACUGUUAGAGGACUUCGCUGACGUCACAUGCGACCACGUGCUAUCGAUAAUUAUGGCGAACGUAUGUCUUAUGGGAUUGAGCAAUUCUAUUAGGUUUACGAUUCUUGGGUAACACACCCAAAAUCCUCCAUUAAACUUUUAAAAUUCCCUUGUUAAUUGUUUUUUACUCGGAAUCUAGUACUGGUGUUUAUGAAGUUGUUAAUUAUUUUAUUGUAGGACAUAUCCGCCCCAAAUUUCCUAAACACGGACCUAAAUGUAGAAUUACUUAGAUCAGAUAUUUUUAGAGACUGUAUUAAAAUUUUAUAGGUUGGUCGGUUUAUCUUGCGUCACUAUCUUAUGUACCACUGCAUAUUUUUAUUCUACUUGAAGUUCUGGACAUAUACAAACCAUACUGUUUGGAAAUAUUUUUAAUUUUAUGUUAAAUACGAGGUUUGCGAUGUUAUUUUGCUAGACAUACGAGUGUUGUGUCUUGCGGAAGAAAUUUAAAAGAUGCAUUGUCUGAUACUGAUGCAUAUAUAAAGUAAAAUCCGACAUUCUUACGAUACGAUGGAGUCUGCCAGUGUUACUAGAGUGCUACAGUGUCUGUUGUACAACCAGUAGGGCAGGUGGAGUAUUGCUUUCCAGUUACUUGCUAUCUCAUAAUGGACAUUGACAUCUCUCAAUGGAUAUACGAUUGAAUAAUAUGAAGCCACAAUUAAUCAAAAAAUGAGGUAAUUGGAUCAUGUAAAGGCAUAACUUAAGUGACCUGGCAGGCGAAGUUACUCAUUAUCUCAAUACAAAUAUUUAGGAGUGUCAUUAACAUAAUUAGAACGAACAUCCCACAUGGGGCCUCCACUGGGGGCGUAGCACACUCUACAACCUUUGUGGUGGCGAGGAGGGCCAUUGUGUUUUGGGGUUAUGUUCGUCCAAACUCCCUUUAUACAUCUACUUUCUACGUUAAUAACCAAUGGAUGCGGUGGAGAAGUAGCAGGGACUAUGGU